GAAAACACUAACGCUCCGUUCUGAUGAACACGACUCAGUCUAGCCCGGCCUUGUUUCUCGAUAUAAGUCCUCGACCAAUGCCCGUCCUCCUUUUUGUACUACUCCCUUCUCCUCUCUCCUCUCCCCUCUCCCCUCUCUGUAUCAUUUUCAUUCCCAACGGCAGCAGUGUUUGCUCGACCCGUAAACCCUACAUCCACCUGCAAGCACUGAGUACACGAGAUGUACCGCUUCUUCCCCCACACGGAAUACACAGAAGACCAGCCGUACGCACGCACGAUCCUCACCACCCACGUCGCCGCACGCGCCUUCACCCUCGGAUCCGGCAUAGGUCUCGCAAUCGGCGGGACUUCGCACCUCGUUGAUCUUGCUCGAGCUCGUUCUGCCACCAAGUCCUCUCUCCCCUCUUCAUCGACAUCUCCACUUCCACCCACCGCCUCCGGUUCCCUCCCCCUCCCCAUCAAAGGGAACGUCAAUGGCAACAACGUUAAACCACCACCACACUACCCCCUCCCAACCCGCCUCCUCCGCUCCUCCGGCUUCUCCUCCCUCUUCACCUCCGCCCUCCUCUGUGCCCUCAUCUUACCUUAUCAAAUGUCUGGCCGCGAACCCAUAGAAUGGCAGGAUCGGACGUGGAGAUUGCUAGAGAAUAAGGGACAGAUGGAGGUGGAUGAGUGGACGGGUGUAGGGGCGGGGGUGGGGUUGGUGGGUGGGUUGGUUGCGCGUCAAAGGGGGAGUGGAAUGGGAGGGCGUGGGUUGGAGACUGGGGCGGUCAAGUUGGGGGUGAGGGGUGUGGUGGGCGCGGCGGGGGUGGGUAGUUUGGUGGGGUUGGCUGGGUAUUUUGGGUGGAGGUAUGGGUGGAAGGGAGGGAAGUGGGAUGAGGAUGAGGAUGAGUGAGUGGAGGAGCUAGCAGGCGAGCCGGUGGAGGAGCUCGCAGGAGAGCCGGUGGAGGAGCUCGCAGGAGAGCCAGUGGAGGAGCUCGCAGGAGAGCCGGUGAAGGAGCUCGCAGGAGAGCCGGUAAGGGAGGAGAGGUGUGGCGGUCGCGGUCGCGUAUGAUUGCCUCCGUGUUCGGGUGCUUGUCAUUUUAGAUGCAAAGCAAAUAUAUAUAUCUCGUGUCCGCUCUAAUUCAUUCAGACCCACCUUUCAUCUAAACCAACGACUACCGUCCGCAACAGUUACAGUCACAGUCAACCUAUGUGCAUACUCCCCUCAGUGCCUCUGCGCAUCAAAAACGCCUGCUCUC